AUGAGUGAAAUGAGAAGCAAGCAGCAGCUCAACACAAGGCGCAUGACACUGCUCGCUUCACUGAAUCGAGCGGAACAAUUCCUGCAGGGGUACGUGGCUGACCGGGACGUGCUGCAAGUGGCAAUACGGUUAGAAAAUCUUGAGUUACUCUGGCAUGGGCUGGAAGAGACACAAGCGGCUCUUGAGGAUCUGGAAACCGAGAAUGAAGGUAUGGUGAGGAACCUACAAUAUCGCUCUGAUUUUGAGCCUAAACUUUUUUCAAUAAAAGCUGGCCUUAUUGCAAAGCUACCUCCUGCAAUCAAUCCAAGAUCUGAGCCCUUACAAACCCCUACCCCCCUGUCCCAUUCUAGUCUAGCCGGUUUGAAGUUGCCAACAAUUUCGCUCCCUGAAAUCAACGGGGACUACCAAGAGUGGUUGGGAUUUCACGACACCUUUUUUGCGCUUAUCCAUGCAAAUCCGGAAGUGGCGGCCAUUCAGAAAUUCCACUAUUUGCGUGCUGCUGUUAAGGGCGAGGCAGCUCAAGUGAUCGAAUCCAUUUCGAUAAGUGCUGCCAAUUAUCCCCUAGCCUGGGAUGCGCUAGUAGCCCGUUACUCGAACGAAUACCUGCUGAAGAAACGCCAUCUUCAAGCUCUGCUCGAAACGCCACGAAUGAAGGAAGAAUCAGCUGCUGCGCUACAUGGACUAGUGGAUGAGUUUGAGAGGCAUACGAAAGUAUUGAAGCAGCUAGGCGAACCUACUGAAGCAUGGAGCACGAUAUUAGAACAUUUACUUUGUACGAGACUGCACAGCGAGACACUAAAGAUGUGGGAAGAACAUGCUUCCAACUUGGAGGAGCCAUCCUACUCUAAUUUGGUGGAGUUCUUACAACGGCGUAUGCGGGUUCUGGAGUCUAUAUUAGUGAAUCAGGAUCAUAGGAGUUUUGUUUCGUCUUCGAACAGUGGUGCCGAAUCAUACUCUCGAAGUGGACAUACUGGAGGUAAUCAACAGCACACACAUACGAAUGAAAUGAGGUUGUCUACGCAUGCGGUAACGGAGGAAGCUAGCAGUUCUUUUGAGCGCCCCGGAAUUUCUAUGACUCAGCUGAAAAAAUUAUCUUUGCGCGAGAGGUUCAGUCUAGUUAACAAUAAGCGACUCUGUUUCAACUGUCUUCAUAGCGAUCAUUUCGUCAGCAAUUGCCCGUGUCAAACUAAUUGUCAUAGGUGUCGUAAACGUCACCACACACUCCUGCAUCCGGGUUUUAUAAAUGAUUGGUCGGCGAUCAGCAGUCAGUAUGUUGGUAGCACCGAAGAUCGUCAUCAGUACUCUGCACAAACGAACGUCGCAACAUCAAGUACUGAGCCUGCAACAUCAUUGUCCAUCGCUGCGGUCAAUGUUCAAGCGUCAUCCCUUUCAAGGGUUCGAAAUAACAGCGUGUUUAUGCUCACCGUAGUACUGGCUGUUAAAGAUGCGUACGGUCAAGACCAUUUCGCAAGGGCAUUGUUAGAUUGUGCUUCCCAGCCAAACCUCAUCAGCGAUCGAAUGGCACAAAUACUCAGGCUCAAGAGAAGAAAGGUCAAUGUGCAGCUUCAGGGCCCAGCAGGCAUUGCUGUGCGUUCUUCUGACUCAGUAUUUACGCAGAUUCGAUCCAGGAAAGAAGACUUUUCCCGCGACGUAGAAUUUCUGGUACUUCCCCGCGUGACGGCUGACCUGCCCGAGCAAGAUAUUUGUAUCCAGGAUUGGAACAUGCCUAAAGAUGUAUUUCUCGCGGACCCAAAUUUCCAUAAACGAGCGGGAAUCGACAUGAUCAUUGGCUUGCAUCACUUCUUCGCUUGUUUUAAGUCUGCCGCACGCCUGCGUCUUGCGAAAGAUCUUCCCGAAUUGAUUGAUAGCGUUUUCGGUUGGAUUGUUGCUGGGUCUGGUGACCUCAUACCCUCCUCACCAGAAUCUGUGCAAUGUCAUGUGACAGCUAUAUGUCUUACUACCCUGGAAGAAAGCCUUGAGCGUUUCUGGAAAAUAGAAGAAGUGUCAGCACGCUCUGAUUAUUCCGUCGAGGAAAGGAAAUGUGAGGAACAUUAUUCAUCAACCAUUACGAGAGACUGCACAGGCCGGUACACUGCCUCACUACCCCGUCAUCCGGAUUUCGAGGUCAUGGUCGGGGAUUCAAAAAUGGCAGCUCUACGCAGAUUCAAGCUACUGGAGGGAAGACUCGAGCGGAAUCACUCCCUAAAAGAUGAAUAUCAUAAGUUUAUGAGUGAAUACAUCUCUCUUGGCCACAUGCGAGUAGCAUCACAGCUUGAACAACAAAAAAUAAAAGGCUAUUAUCUACCCCAUCAUCCCGUUGUGAAAGAGUCCAGCACGACAACGAAAGUCCGUGUUGUCUUCGACGCCUCUUCCAAGACAACUUCCGGAUUCUCCUUAAAUGAUGCUUUACAAGUUGGACCUGUGGUACAGGACGACCUUCUUUCAAUAGUUUUGAGGUUCCGUACGUACUUGAUCGCGGUAGUGGCGGACAUUGAAAAAAUGUAUCGCCAAAUAAAAGUAGCACCAGCUGACGUCCCAUAUCAGCGGAUAUUUUGGCGGUUUAACCAAUCAGAUCCCAUUCAAGUUUACGAACUGCUCACGGUAACGUAUGGUCUUGCUCCGUCCUCGUUUUUGGCUACACGAACGCUUCAACAGUUAGCCGACGACGAAGGUGCCGCGUACCCACUAGCGGAGCCAAUCCUCCGCAAAGGUUUUUAUGUCGACGAUUGUCUUGGUGGUGAGCAAUCCAUCGAAAGGGCAGUGCAGAUGCGCGAUGAACUAAUCGAAUUGCUUCGGAAAGGUGGAUUUAGUCUGCGAAAAUUUACUUCGAAUAAACCGGAGGUCCUUCACGGCUUAUCUCCAGAGCAAAUCGGGACGGAAUCAUCACUAAUGUUCACCGCACAAGGAUCAGUUAAGGCGCUAGGAAUUGGGUGGGAACCCGGGCUGGAUAUGCUCCGUUUUGAUUCCACGGUGCAACACCCCGAUGGCAUACCUACAAAAAGGUCAAUAUUAUCGUCUAUUUCACAACUUUUCGACCCACUUGGACUUAUCGCUCCAGUUGUGAUACGUGGAAAAUUACUCCUGCAGGACCUAUGGCUUACGCAUUGUGAAUGGGAUCAGCCGGUUCCAGCGAGUGUCGCUGAAAAGUGGGGUACAUACUUUGUCGAGCUCUCCAAAAUUUCCGAAUAUCGGACAGAGCGCUAUGCCUUUCUUCCAAACUCUACAAUUCAACUGCACACAUUUUGCGAUGCUUCGGAAAUAGCCUUUGGGGCUUGUAUCUACGCUCGAUCUAUCGAUCCUGAAGGAAACGUCCGAAUACAGUUGCUCGCUUCUAAAUCGCGCGUCGCUCCGUUAAAGCGCAUUACUUUGCCAAGGCUCGAGCUUUGUGCUGCUGUUAUUGGUGUACAGCUGCACGCACACGUAGUGAAAGCUUUACAACUGGAAAUUAGCGAAUCACGGUUCUGGUCUGACUCUACGGUGGUUCUUCAGUGGUUGCAGUCCCCACCGAAUACCUGGAAAACAUUUGUGGCUAACCGGGUGUCUGAAAUACAGACCGCCACACACGGUUCUCAUUGGAAUCAUAUUGCUAGUAAAGAAAACCCUGCCGACCUGGUUUCUAGAGGGAUGAAAAUAGAGGACUUCCUGGUAAGCGAACUGUGGCGAGUUGGUCCCGAUUGGUUUCGUCAACCAGAAAACCGAUGGCCCAUGCCCUCCACCAUACCACCGCUUCUUGAAAACGUGGAAUUACGAAAGCUUACCGUUGCCGUUCUUCACGUAAAACCAAGCACCAGUCAAGUUUUUACCCGAUAUUCUUCAUUAGAUAAACUGGUCCGAGUAACAGCUCACUGUUUACGAUUCAUAAACAAUACCCGUUCAAAAUCACGAACCCAGCCACUCGUAUCUACUACUUCGCAUCAUAGUAAAUCAUUGUCAGCAGCGCAAUUGGCAGAAGCCCUAACGCAUUUAACCCAGCUUGCACAGAAAGAGGCAUUCAAAGAAGAACUGAAAAAUUUGCAACAUGCGAACGCUGUGCCAAAGCACUCAUCAAUUCGCUUGCUGAGCCCGUUUAUUGACGAAAAAGGGACACUCAGAGUGGGGGGUAGGUUACGAUGGUCCGAUCAACCGUUCCAAACAAAGCAUCCCGCCCUGUUACCUAGCUUCCAUCCCUUUACCCGUUUAAUUCUCAAAUCUUAUCAUAUAAAAUUACUUCAUGGUGGUGGCCAGCUUACGUUAGCUAGUGUGCGUGAGGAAUAUUGGCCUAUACAUGGAAGGCGAAUGUUGAGAAGCGUAAUACGCAGUUGCUUCCAAUGCUCUAGAGCAAAUCCCGUCCCGGUCCAACAACGAACAGGACAAUUGCCCGUACCCCGAGUAACUCCAAGCAGGCCGUUCACAGUCACUGGCGUUGAUUACGCGGGGCCGAUAUAUCUUCGAGCACCACACAAACGAGCCGCUCCACAAAAGGCCUACAUUAGCAUAUUUGUCUGCUUCUCAACAAAAGCUGUUCAUAUUGAGCUCGUUUCGGACCUUACCACAUCCGCCUUUAUAGCAGCCUUUCGCAGAUUUAUGUCUCGUCGCGGACGUUCAGCGCACGUACACUCUAACAACGGAAAAAACUUUCAGGGUGCACGUAACGAGUUGCAGGAGUUGUAUCGUUUGCUACAUGACGAGAAGGAGACGGAGCAAAUUCAAUCCAACCUUGCCAGUGAUGGUGUCAUCUGGCAUAUGAUUCCACCGAAAGCUCCUCACUUCGGAGGUUUAUGGGAGGCGGCGGUAAAGGUAGCAAAGGGUCACUUGCAUCGUGUACUAGGGAAUGCACGCUUAUCUUUCGAGGACAUGUCCACUGUGCUGGCACAAGUUGAAGCCAGUAUGAACUCCCGCCCUCUAAUUCCCCUCAGCGAAGACCCCAACGAUCUAAAUGCAUUAACACCGGCCCAUUUUCUUAUUGGCACUACGAUGCAUGCAAUCCCGAAUCCAGACGUUCAAUGCAUCCCAAAGAAUCGACUGGACCAUUAUCAAAGGAUGCAAUCAUUGCAUCAACAAUUCUGGCAUCGAUGGCAAACCGAAUAUUUGCAGGAACUUCAGCGCGAGUCUGUCAUCUACUCUGCUAACAACGACUUCAAACCUGGACAACUGGUGGUUGUUCUUGAUGAGUUCCAAUCUCCAUUGAAAUGGCCAUUGGCCCGUAUAAUCAACCUACACCCUGGGAAGGACGACCUCACCCGUGUUGUUACAUUGCAAACAAGCAAAGGCAUCAUAAAGCGACCCGUGGUAAAAAUUUGUUUGCUGCCUACUGAACCAGAGGUAAACACCACGACACCGGAGCACGAAGAUGCCAGUCCAUAA